CGGGUAGUGUUAUUUUUGAAAAUAAUUUCCAACAUAAAACUAAUGGAAUUGUUUUUGUAUUAAAAUGAAAUACAAUUUUUAUUUAUUUACUGAUUAAAUUUAACCCAAUUUAAAUGAAAUAGUCAAAUGAAAAAGCACUCUAAAAAGAAAAUACUUCAUAAUACGUAGUAAUAAAGAAACAAAGUAUUUGCCUGAUGUUUGCAGGUGGUCAUUAAUGGUGAGUCAUUUGCAGGUGGAGAUCAUUAUUUUGAGACAGACAGUUUCAGGCAAAAUUAGCACUUGGAAUCGGUGAAUGAGAGACUUCGUAGUGAACCUGAGAUUUGUUUCAAUCAACAUAUAGCCUGGGCUUCGCAUCUAUCGUUGCAGAUGACACUACUUUGUCUUCUACUAUUGCUUCAAAGGUGUACAUGGACAUUGCCAUUUAUGAAGUUGAAGUUCUAAGAAUCCAGUUUAGGUACUUUUGUUCGUACAUGCACUUUUUCAUCCAUCACCAUUGCUUGACAGGAGUCAUAUAUACUAUUGUGUUCGUUGCCUUUUGUUAUUUGUUUUCCAAAUCAUAUCAUUGCUAUCACAUUUUCUCUUCUUUGUUAGUAGCCAAUUCAGUUACAAGAUAUUCCUAUUUCUCUGUUGAAAGAUUGCAACAAUGGCUAAUAUGGUCAUAACAACGGUACUAGAAAAGAUGACUGGAAAGGACAAGGAUUACAGAUACAUGGAAACUUCUGAUUUGCUCAAUGAAUUGAAUAAAGAAGGAUUUAAACUUGAUGCUGAACUUGAAGCAAAGGUAUCUAAUGUUGUAAUACAGCAGCUAGAUGACGCAGCAGGUGAUGUUUCUGGAUUAGCUGUAAAAUG